AUGCCUACCAAAUUGCAGCCCGUUUCAUGCAUUGCAAGCUUCUCUGGCAACUCGGAUAGUGUGUAUGCCAUUGACGCUUAUUGGAAGUGUGGGCAUAUACCAUGCAGCAGACUUAAAAAGACUGGCAAGUCAAAGAGGAAGGUUGCACCCGGAAACAACAAUGUUGAUGAGGAGGUCAUAACCAUGGUGUCCGGCUCGAAGGAUCAAAACAUGUAUAUAUGGGACGUCAAAAUCUCACCUACUCCCUCAAGCAAGGAAGAAUUACAAUGUACAGCAAUACCCAAAACCAAACUCGCUGGUCACGCCGGCGAAAUAUUCGCUCUCGAAAUCAUGUCGGCCUCGUCCAUACCCACAUCUUCACCAGACAGAGAUUCAACCGUUUCAAGACAUCCUGUUGUAGAUGUCGUCAGCGCGGGAGACAUAACGGUGCGAGGGUGGAAUCUGAUGUCAGGUGUUCAAGUCACCGCAUUGCAUGGACAUACUGGAAAUGUUGUUUGCUUGAGAGUAAGAGGCCGAAGAGUGUUUUCUGGAUCUGUUGAUACCACGUUGAGGUCUUUUAAUCUGGAUGCGGGGAAGGCUAUGCAUGUGUUUCGUGGGCACAAAAAUGUUGUGAACUGUAUAGAUGUGAACGAUACAGAAGUAUACUCGGGAAGUGAUGAUAUGACCAUUAUCAAGUGGAGUCGAGCAACUGGAGACGCAGUAGCAGCACUCGAAGGCCACACAGACGCAGUCCAGGCUCUUCAACUAGACGAGAAGGGUGACUAUUUAUACAGUGGGUCAUCGGACUGCACUAUUCGUGUUUGGAAUACCAGGACAAGCAAAACAAUCAAAGUCUUCAAAGGUCACACAGAAGCCAUAAAGUGCCUGCAAGUAGUUGGCGGUCUGUGUUUUAGUGGUAGCAAGGACAAGACGAUUCGUGUGUGGAGAAUUGAUACCGGAGACUGUACAGCUAUACUGGAAGGCCACACAGAUACCAUACAUUCCAUCAAAGUAUUCGACAAUAUCCUAUACUCUGGAGGUGCUGAUAAACUUAUAAAACUGUGGGACUGUCGACACCUAAUAGCUUACGCAUCGCGUCCGUGGUGGAAGAAAAUGCUGGGAAUGUCAUAG